GCAACACCAACACAAUUUAAAAAUAAAAAAUAUAGUUUGUUAGUCUGACGUCACUUCCUGUUACAUUUCGUCCAUCAUCGUUGUAAGCUCCAUUGUUGCUCGCAUAAUUUACGCGAAAUAAAAGUGUUUAUUCAAGUCUCCGAGUGUUUUAAUUAGUGCAGUGAAAGCAGCUCAACAUCUACACAUACAGUCCACUUGCCCCAGCUGACAUGGUCCUUCGAGCCAUGGUUUUGAUCUGCGCGACGAAAACCUAUGAUUUGGAGAAGAAAUAACGCUUCGGAAAUUCUGCGCUACAAGCAUCAAGAUUUGGAGCAAAGCGACGACACUUCGCAGCGCGACGCAAUAUAUACCAUCUUUAUUGGUACAACGCCUUCCCGCCACGCAAGAAGACGAUCUUACGAAGAAAUCAAGGAUUUCCAUUUUGGUCGGUAUUGAUUUCAAUUACGCCGCCAUUUUCUCUUGGGGCGCAAGCACGGAACGGCAACGUCGCGCGCGCAAAGGAAGAAAUUUGGAGGGAACGACGACGGGGUCGUCACACGAGGCCACCGGGGAUUAUACUUCACGAGCUUGUCUAGCAAUCGACGUCCCUGAUUGGCGCUUUACAUUUGACAGCGUCCAAUCACGAUCAACGCGUCCGCUUCACUCUUCCCCAUUCGCAGGUUUAUUUCCCAGGAUCGGCCGAGCCUUCGCGCGUCGUAUGAGUAGUUCAUUCAACCAGCGAGCGCGCAGAAAUCUCACAGCGAGUUUUUACCGCCGACGCCGACGAGUUUUAUUGCAGUUUUCGUUUGUUUACAUUAUAACAAACAGUGAAAAUAACAUUAUUUAGUUAAUUAAUUACAUAGUAAGUGAUUGGUGCUAAGUUUGUGCAAGAUGACGACGACUAGCGAGCUGGUUGCCACGCGAGGAUAUCUCAAAGAUUUGUUCACGAGCCGAGCGUACCAGCUUGAGAGGGACACCCAGCAAGAUCCAACAAUGGACGACUUCCUUGCCUUCCUGACCAAAAGGGCCCUGGCGAUGGAGAAUGCUGAACCAGGUAUCGGCCAACAGCGGCUGCAGCAGCCCAGAGAUCCAAGGGAGCAGUAUCGAGGUCCAGCAGGCAGAGCAGUAGUUACCAAUGCUACGGCUCAACCACCAGCUUGUCUAUACUGUAAGUUGAAUCACAAAUUAUAUUUAUGUCCCGGUUUCAAAUUAUUACCUGCAAAGAAAAGAGUUCAGUUUGUUAAAGAGAAGAGCCUGUGUAACAUCUGUCUAAGUGCACACACAAGAAAGUGUAGGUACCACUUCCGGUGCACAGAGUGCAAAAUGGCACAUCACACUCUGCUACAUGUCAACACCGACUUACACAAUAGUGAUACCACACCAGUCGUUGCAUCACCUGCCUCUUUGGCAGCGAAUAACUAUAAUGAUGUUCUUUUGCCAACAGCAAAGGUGAAAGUCUUCGCUCGAGAUGGCACUCCAAUUUACCUCAAAGCCCUACUUGACAGUGGGUCCCAGCUGUCUUUCAUAACGGAUAAAGCCGUACAGCUGCUUGACUUGAAGCCCACAGAUAAUAAUGUCAACGUAAUAGGCAUCACCAAUACAAAGGCAAAUGUCAAACGCUGCUUACCUGUGGAUAUUUAUUCAGUGACAAGCCCCUUCAAGGUUUCGACUACCUGCCAUGUUGUGGAGCGUAUAACUUGUCAACUGCCUCAAAAUAAAUUCGAUCUCCCAAGCCUACAUUUGCCGAAACAUAUACAACUAGCAGACGAAACAUUUAACAUUCCCAGUGAAAUUGAUUUGCUAAUGGGCGCGGAUGUGGUAUUUCAGGUCCUGCUGCCGACGUCGGAGUCGCCGGAGCCUCCGAGCUUCCAGUUGGCGCCACCGCGUGAGCGUCCGCAGCAUGCAUCCUCUGCCACCGUCCAUCAGCUACGUCUAAUCAACACACACCUGGGCUACAUAGUUGGAGGCAAUUUACCCCAGCUACCUUCGUCUAAUUCUGCUGACAAAAGGCUACAGCUUCGAAGCAGUUGAUGGGCUCCCUGCCGGCCGGAAGGGUAACUGCUACAAGUCGCCCUUUCGAGAAGGUUGGAGUAGAUUUCGCUGGGCCUAUAGAUGUCAAACUUUCACGUGUGAGACGGUCGGUCACGGGCAAGGGGUAUAUUUGUGUUUACGUUUGUUUCGCCACUAAGGCAGUUCAUUUAGAGCUAGCGUCCGACCUCACAACUGAUACCUACCUAGCAUGUCUAAGACGAUUCGUUUCUAGAAGGGGACUGCCCAGUGAAAUAUACUCCGACAACGCCAGCACCUUCAAGGGGGCACAGAGCCAGUUAACUGAACUGUAUGCCUUGCAGUCCUCUCGGGACCACCAAGGGAAAGUGUAUGAUUAUUCAGCUCAACAUGGAAUCGAUUUUCAUUUUAUUCCUAGCUACUCACCUACCUUUGGUGGCCUCUGGGAGGCUGCCGUUAAAAGUACAAAGUACCACCUUAAGAGAGUAGUACAAGGUCAUUUAUUAACAUAUGAACAGAUCAAUACUAUUCUAGUAGAAAUUGAAUGUAUCUUAAAUUCGAGGCCUCUUGUCCCUUUAUCCAGUAGCGAUGUUAACGAUUACAGUUAUCUUACUCCUGGCCACUUUAUAAUUGGUAAUGCAUUAACUAUGUACCCAGAAAAGGAUGUAUCGAAUGUACCUCAAAAUAGAUUAAAAUUUUGGCAACUAUGUACUCAUGUAAAACAAUCUUUUUGGAAAAUGUGGCACAAGGAUUACCUUAAUCUCUUGCAAAAUAGACCUAAGUGGUUAGAUAUUUCUCCUAAUAUAAAAUUAGGGUCUCUUGUUAUUUUGAAGGAGGAUAAUGUUCCCACCAUGGAGUGGAAAAUGGCUAGAGUUGUAAAACUUGUACCUGGUCAUGACGGCCACGUGCGCGCUGUAGAAGUCAAGACUUCCAAUGGUCACACUCAUGUGCGCUCCAUUGUGAAAGUGUGUGUCUUGCCCAUAGAUGAUUAAUAGUGUUAUAAGAUUACUUACAGUUUACAGAUUUACAAUUUACUUUAUUUACCUUUUGUACUAGGGGCAAUACAUAUACUCUAUGUGUACUCUUUAUUUGGUUUGAUAAGCCAAGAUUUUAUGUGUAUUUCUUUUCGUUGUGUAAAAUGUAUACUUACCAAAACUUAAUUAUAAGUAAAACUCUUUUAUUUGAUGUUUAAGCUUUAUAUAAACCACAUACUUACGAACUUAAUUUUAAGGUGUGUUCCAAUUUAUAAUUAUUGAUUUAAAAUAAGGCUUAACUUCGUUAUUACUUGUAACUUAUUUUUAUGCAUACAUUAGUACUUGUGUGUUUCCCUUUAGCACAUAAUUUGUAGCCUUACGCAUGUUAGGUAACUUAGGUUUUAACUUAAAUGUUUUUUAUGACUUAGAAGUGUAUUUGUGAUAGGUCAAAUUGAGAUAUUUUCAACCUAAGUUCUUUGUGAUAGACUUAGCUAUAUCUUAAUGGCACUUAGUUCUUUUGUGAGGCCGCAACAUGUUGGCAACACCAACACAAUUUAAAAAUAAAAAAUAUAGUUUGUUAGUCUGACGUCACUUCCUGUUACAUUUCGUCCAUCCUCGUUGUAAGCUCCAUUGUUGCUCGCAUAAUUUACGCGAAAUAAAAGUGUUUAUUCAAGUC